CUGAAUUGAUGAAGCAGCGCACGUGCUCUUGGUCCACGUCCUGGCAGAACAUCUACGUGGACGUCCCCCUGGCCCAGCGCCUGGAGGAGUGGUACGUACGACGUUAAGAAGUUGCGGAGCUCCAACAUUUACGAGCGAGCCAAGCUGCUGUGCGCAGUGCCUUGCUGCAUUGACACUGUUUGCAGUGCUUGCAUUCCAGCAGCUAAGGGGAUCAUGGUUGGUUCCAGAAGUGGAAGUCGCCUCCCCUCCAAGACAUCGUCCUGACGUUGGCCUCCCCAGCCCCGCGUGGCGUUUCCUGUCAGGUGCCCUUCUGCUCCGCGUGCCUCGCCUGUGUGCUUGGUUUGAUCUGCGCGCACAUGGCAUGCAUGUAUGUGAGGGGUGCCUACGUUUAUUUUAAACUGAAGCUUUCAUUUACUUCGAUAGGCCUAAGUCCAGUAAGGCUUUGGUUCGGUUGUGGAAUCAGCUUGAACGCUCAAUUAAAGCUUCGAAUCGGUUCGGUUUGGUUCCUUUGGUUUGGUUCACGGUUCGUUUCAGUUUCGGUUCUGUGGGGCAUAAGUUACGCAGUGGGGUGAAAAGAAAGGCGAAGUCAAAGGAACGCGAAGAAGAGGAAAGGAAAAGGGUAUAGCAAUUUGUGAGAACGCUUUUCCAGGCAGUCUAAAAAGCAUAUUGGAAAGGAAAGCAAGAGGAAAAGGAAGCGGAGAGGAACGAACAAGGAAGGGAAAGGAAAGGAAAAGGACAUGGAAAAUGGAAAGGGAAGGAAUGCAAUUUGCGAAUUUUCUAAGCAGUCUAAAGAGCAUAUUGGACAGGAAAAGAAAAGGAAAGGAAAAGGACAAGGAAAGGAACGCCACGCAAAGGAAAGGAAACGGACAGGUAAGGAAUGCAAUUUUUGAAUACGCUUUUUCUACGCAGUCUAAAACGCAUAUUGGAAAGGAAAGCAAAAGGAACAGGAAAAGGAAAGGACAGGACAAGGAAGGGAAAGCUAAGGAAAGGACAAGGACAAGGAGAUAGGGGUGCUCAAAAAGUCAAAACUCAAAUCACUGUUGUUCAGCCGGCAUCAUGUUCAGUGACCGAUGUGAGGAGGAUGGCAGCAUACGCUCACCAACCUGGUUUCCGCCACUUUGUUCUCCAGAUUCCUUCAGUGCCAAGCAACUUUUGCAAAGGCUGCAGUCUUCGCCGUGACAUGGGUGCUUGGGAAUGAGGCUUCUUGCGUGUUUUUGAGCCAACGUCAACAGCCGAACCAUGUAGGAAGGCGAGGAAAUCCCGUCAGGGCCGAACAAGAAACAGAAUACAGCUAAGCCAGAGAAAGCUUCCGCAAAGAAGGAGAUGUCGAACUUGAAAGACACAAAGGAAUCCAAAGAAUUGGAGCCGGCAAAAGAAAAGAAAAGGCACAAGAAGCAUGAAGAUGACUCCAAGAAAGACAAGGAGGCCAAAAAAAAAAGGAGAUUCUGAGAGGCUUCGAAGGCUUGGCGGCUUAGAUAUCAGAGACUUAGAGACUGCUGAAAAAGACUGCAGGCACAAAAACAUGAGAUGCGUACCACACGUUCUGGAUCACAGCGCUUUUUUUUAGCACCCCACACUAACUUCCUGUGAACCUCCUUGCGUGAUCUCGUGUUAUGCUUUUUGAUAUGGCUGGAACGGGGAUGCCCCCUGUGCUUGUGAUAUAUAUAUAUACGUAUAUGUAUAUGAUUAUGUAUGACUUAUAUUGAUGUGUAUGAACUAUAUAUAUAUGUAUAUUUAUUUAAAUUGAACCUAUAAUGCGUGAUUCAUAUAUGAUUUACAUAGUCCAUUAAUAUGAUCCACGCACUCUUCCAAACCCCGAGUAUCUCUCACAUGCUUUCGCAGUUCCAGUUCCAUGUUCCGCUCCGGGGUGGCCGCCCGCCCGGGUUCACUGUGAUCCCAUGGGCCGGCGGAUCCGAUGGGCGCGGCUGCCUGCCUUGCUGUCGGCAGGUGGCUGGACCUUCUUGGUGAGCCGUGUCGAGCGGAGAACGCCCAGCCCGCCCAGCCGCGGAGCCGACGCUCGCGUGCUGCGUGGCGCUGACGCGCGCGAAGUGGGCCCUGCCGAAGUGCAGGGUUCGACGGGCCCAAUGUCGGCCUGGCACUUCGCAGGGCUCACUGCGGCGCUGGGCGCCUGGCAGGCUGCGAGGCCCUCCUUCUGGCGGCCCUUCCGAUCUCAGAGAGUCGCGAGAGCAUCAGGCUUCAAGGUCCUGGGUCCGGAGGGUCCAACGGUACUGCUAAGCAGUACUUUGAUUGGCCUGGCCACAGGAUGGGCGGUGGUGCUCUUUGAGGAGGUGAUUAAGACGCUGGAGGAGCUGAGAGAAGAGCUGCCCUGGCCGGUGUUGGCACCGCUCCUGGGCGCCCUCCUGUUGGCCGGCAUCUUCGCGGCCUUCGGCGGCCGUGAGGGCCUCGCGGGCACUGACAUCAAGUCGCUGAAAUCCUAUGCCGCCGCCGGCGGCCCCGAACCUCCUGACAACUGGCCGCUGCGGGCCGCAGGGAAUGCCCUGUCAGCGGCCGUCACGCUGGGCUCGGGCAACUCCCUGGGCCCCGAGGCACCAGCGGCCACGCUGGGUGCCAAUGUGGCCUUCGGCAUGGGUCAGGUCUUCAGCAUCGUCGGCACGCAAGCCACUCUGGAAGAGGCACAGCCCAGUGGCACAGCGCCUCCCCAGGAGGAUUGCGAGCUGAUCGAGAGGGCGCUCGGUGGAUCCAAGGUGGUCGCCAGCCUCCCCGGGAAGGAUUUGGACCGCUUGCUGAACUUCUUCGAAGAGGUGAAGAUCUCUGCUGGUGAGACGCUCAUGAGACACGGCGAUCAGGUGGCCGAUGACGAGCCGGGCCUCUUCGUCACGAAGAGCGGGCAGCUCGAUGUCUAUGUGCCGGAAGGCAACAGUGAGAAGAAGGUCUUCGCCUACACGGAGAGCGGUCAGGUGGUCGGCGAGCUGGCCGUGCUUUUCCGCGCGCCCCGCGCCGCCACGGUGAAGGCGCGCACCGAUGCAGUCCUGUGGAGCGUGGACCGGCGGUCCUUUGAGGCCUGCGGUGGCCGCUCGGAGGGCUCCAUGGCCAGGAUCAACCAAAACCCGGACGCCUUGCUGGCCUCGGGCGCCGCGGCCGGCGUGGCCGCCGGCUUCAACGCGCCCAUCGCCGGGAUUUUCUUCGCCUCCGAGGUGGUGAGACCUGGAGACGACAACUCCUUGGACCUCACCACCAGGCUCCUAGCAGCGGCGGUGAGCGCUGCUGUAGUGCAGUCAUUUCUUCCAGGUGGGCCAGCGAUCAAAGCCACCGACUUCUCCUGGGACGGCGGCAAUGUGGAAUUGCUCUUCUUCUUGCUCUUGGGUGUCCUCACAGGCUGUUUGGCCUACGGCUACAAGAAGAUUGUCGCCUCUAGCCGUGAUGUGAUCACAUCAUUCAAUGAGCACGGAGUGCCGAGCAUUUGGUUGCCCAUGGCACGGUGA